AUGUCUCAACAAGAAGAAUAGAAGUAAUCUGACGUUGUUUAAUAAAAUUCUAGUAAAGAUCAAAAAUUCGACUUGUCCUUUGUCCACAUUAGCACUGAUCUUGAUAACAAAAAAGUAACCUUAGAGCCUGUCCUUAGAACCGAGGCCUAAGAUAAAAAUGGAUAGAAGAAGUGCAAAUUAUUUAAGAUCAAUUAAGGAAAAUAGUUAAUCUACAACUGUUUAUCAGAAAUCUUCAAGCACAAUAAAGACAAGGACACUAGCAUUUAAUAGAUUGAUGUCACUUUUUCCUCUAAAACUACUGCUUCUUACAUGUUAAUAUAAGCUUUAGCAGAUUUAUAAUUUAAUGAAGUUUUAACUAUUAAGAGCACUACUGAUUAAACAACUGGCACUUCUUAUGGAGUUGAUGUUACUGUUACUUUCACACCUAAGAUUUGA